AUGUAACUUCAAAGAGGGGUUUUGUGAUAAACCCUAGCUAAACCUCAGGUCAGCCAUUCCACGAAUUCAAUUCUCUUCUUGUCUGAUUCGUGAACACAUCACACAUAGAUUCGAUUAGGGCCAAUUUCUGGUGUUAAUUGUUGCGAUAUAUUGAUAUAUGCUCCCUGCUAGAUAGUUUCAAAUUGAUUAUGGAGCCUAAAUUCUCACUUUCCUCGCCCAAAUUGCCACCAUCAGCUUGUGCUGUCCCAUUUUUUCUAUCCUGUACUUCACCCCCACUUCUGAAAUGUAAACCUUUUGCGAAUUUCAGUUUAUCAACUACCUGUGGAAAUUUAAGCAAGACUCCGUUUUUGGGCCAGAAUUUAGUUUUGAGAGGAAAUAAUGAAUCUCGGACAAACUCGAGGAAAUAUUUUCCGGUUAUCAGAGCUGGUGUUGCAAAGAGGAGGAAGGAGCUUCCGUUUGACAAUGUGAUUCAGAGGGACAAGAAGCUGAAAUUGGUGUUGAAAAUUAGGAAGAUUUUGAUUAGUCAGCCGGAUAGGAUUAUGGCGCUUCGUGAAUUGGGUAGAUUUAGAAAAGCUUUAGGGCUGCAAAAAAAGAGGCGGUUUAUUGCAUUGUUGAAGAAAUUUCCGGCUGUGUUUGAGAUUGUGGAAGAAGGUGUUUAUUCACUUAGGUUCAAGUUGACUCCUGAGGCUGAGAAACUUUACCUCGAGGAGAUGAAGAUUAGGAAUGAAAUGGAGGAUUUGUUGGUUAUUAAGUUGAGGAAAUUGUUGAUGAUGUCGAUUGAUAAGCGGAUUCUGCUGGAGAAGAUUGCUCAUUUGAAGACUGAUUUGGGGCUUCCGUUGGAGUUUAGGGAUACUAUAUGUCAGCGAUACCCGCAGUAUUUCAAGGUUGUUGCAACAGGACGAGGGCCUGCGCUGGAGUUAACUCAUUGGGAUCCUGAGCUUGCUGUGUCUGCAGCAGAGAUUGCCGAAGACGAGAAUAGGCUGAGAGAAGUGGAAGAGAGAAAUUUGAUUAUUGAUCGUGUGCCUAGGUUCAAUAGGGUUAAGCUACCAAAAGGGCUUCAUCUUUCGGAAGGUGAGAUGAGAAGGAUUUCUCAGUUUAGAGAUAUGCCUUACAUUUCACCUUAUGCUGAUUUUUCGGAUUUGAGGCCUGGUAGCCCCGAAAAGGAGAAACAUGCUUGUGGUGUUGUUCAUGAGAUCUUGAGCCUCACUCUUGAGAAGAGAACACUUGUGGAUCAUUUAACCCAUUUUCGGGAGGAAUUUAGAUUCUCCCAACAGCUAAGAGGCAUGCUGAUAAGACAUCCGGAUAUGUUCUAUAUCUCGCUCAAGGGGGAUAGAGACUCAGUUUUCCUCCGUGAAGCUUAUCGUGAUUCUGUGUUGUUAGAUAAAGACAAGAUGCUGCUUAUCAAGGAGAAGCUUCGCGCACUUGUUAAUGUUCCAAGAUUCCCCAAGAGAAAUGUUCGAAGGACUGACUCAGGUGAAGCUGAAGGAACAGGGCAAGAAGACAUGUCAGAUGAAGAGGAUGGGGAUGAGUGGUCUGACAUUGACAAUGUGGGAAGCGAUGAAGACGGAGAUGGAGAAGAUUAUGAUGAUGAAUGGAGCGAUGAUGAUGACGACGUGCCUCCAGACUUCAAUGAUGGACAAGAUGAGCCAUUGCCUAGUUUAGGAAGGAGCAAACCAGCUGGUACAGUUAACGGCGCAACGAAGAAGAGUGAUGAUAAAGUUCUUGCUCCUGUUUUCCCAGAUGGCACACCAAGAGAACGCUGGUAAAUAUGAGGCUUAUUAUGUCUACAGAUCAAUAGGUCCAUCUCAAGGUACUGCUCAAGAAUACAAGGAAUUAAUACACAGUCAUUGCUUGUUUUGAUCUUGUUGUAUCUUUCUUUCAAUUAGUUAAUUUAUAAGAUGUAUUUUGUAGAACUUCUUAUCCCUGUGAAAAUGCAUCUUACUUUCUUAAAUAUAUGAUCUUGAAAUUUCAGUCUUCCUUCUUUUCGAAACUCUAUAUGCUUUUACUUUGCAUGGUUGCAUUUUCACAUUGUGCAGCGUGCUACAUUUCCUUGUUCAUAUAACUAUUAUUGUUCUAAAGUAAAUGUCCACCUCAUUGUUCUCCAUAUGCUAUAAUGGGCCAAAGUCGUACUACAACAUGUAUAGAUGAUUUGCACUUUUGUUAAAAAAAAGCAGAAAGUAUAUCACCAGUGGAAUUUCAUUUAUCACCAGUGGAAUUUCAUUUAUUGAGGAUAUGGUUCGAUAAAUGCUUUAGUUGCAUUUGAAAGGGCAAGCUAUCAUUCCAGUUGAUGUUUGAUGGAGUGAAGUUUCUGAGAGAUUUCAUGCUAACUCAGAUUACCAUGCUAAGUUGCUAACAAACAUAUAUUCCUCUAGAGUAAAACCUACAGUGUGUGAUGCUCUAGCUUGAUGUUUUGCACCCAUCUUCUUAGUUUUCUGGCUAUGAUCUUGAUGAGUCAUUUAAUCAAGCUGAUUAUGGUUCUUAUGUCAUGUAUAUUGCUGUUUCCUUUUUUAUUUGCUCCUCACAAAAUGGAUACGAUCUUGUAAUUAAAAAAAAAGAUAAUUCUACAUUGGCUGCUCUACUUGCUUGGUCUGUUGCCCUACUUUAUAUGCUUUAUUUUCAAAAGUAGACAGUAACAUCCAUUCAGAAUAAGAUAUGAAAUGUUUCUCUGUUUAUAUGGUACAUCUGGCACCAAUAAUGCACAUUUUCUAUGUGUAUGUGUUAGUAAAUUCAAAUGGGGGGACCUCAGAAUUUGAUAACAUGGUUUUUCUGUCAGUACCUAACAAUAUUUACUGUGAUUAUUAAUCUUAUAAUUCCCUAAAUAAUCCUUCUUUCCUAUUUGCUAUUCUCUUGUACAAAAAUCAUAAAUCAUAAAUUGAUGAGCAAAGCUUAUUUUGGCUGUGUAUAUAUCUUCUUUAGUUGAAUGGAGAUCAAACAUACUUCCAUGGAUUCCUCAAUACCAUGUGUUUCAUGUGUUACUAGUUUACUACUGAUAUCUCUGUGAGGAACACUAUAAAUCUUUUUUGUUCGUGAAAGUGUGGGGACCUCAAAAUUUUGGAAAAGGGGAGAAUACCAGGUAAAUAAAAUAACCUACUUUAUCUUUCUUUUUUUCUUUAUAGUGCUAACAAUGUUGGUUAUGUUUGUUCAGGAAAAGUUUUUCCAGAAUGAAUGUGAGUGCCAUGCAGACGAGGUAUUACAAAUUUCCACGUAUAUAUUCGACAGAACACAGAUUUACCAACCAAAACAGCUUAUCUUUCUAUAUAUCACACUAUAAUUGAAUCUUUUUAUGAUGGGAUUUCAGAUCAUAGAUCUGUUAAUAUUCCCAUACUCAACUUAUCUGUUGCUUUCAACAGCGGGCAAAAGUAUGAGACGCAGCACCUCAGAAGUUUCUCAUAUGUAGGUAAAUGGAACGUUGUCGGACACAGUGCAGGAUUUGUUCAUGGAUGAUCAAAGAUGGAGAAUGUCUGGAAGUUUGUUUCUUAAAUAGUGCCUGAGAAUUAAGAACUGGCCAGCCUACCUUAGUCUCUGUUGAUUUUUUUCAAUGCAGAAAGGUUAAUUAGAAGUUGGAACUCGGAAUCUUGUAGCUUUUGCAGAUUUGGCAAAGGAAAUUUCCCAUUUGUUCUAUGCUUAAUUGUUUACUAGACAUCUGGUGUGAGGUGUGAUUGUACCCAAAGUAAUAAAUAAAAAGCAUACACUUGAUGAUUCUUAUUAAUAGCAUACUGUUUUUCAAGAA